CUCCGGACUCCAGGUGAGAGGUGGCGGUGGUGAUGUAAUACUCCCGCAGUGCGAGUUGCUCUCUCCUGUCUCAGUGGUGAACAUGUGGUCCGAGCUAAGGCUAGGGCUGGUGCCGGUGCUGUGGUGUGUCUUGUGCCCAGGUAUCACUGUGGCCCAGGAGGACGAUGAUAAAAGCGACAACCAGACCAGGGACUUCGCGUCCUAUUUCUCGGAGUGCAAGCGCGGGGAAUCCGGUUUCGACGACUGCAUAAAAGAUGCCCUCAACGCCGUCCGUCCUUUCUUCAAAACUGGAGUCCCAGAUCUAAAAAUUCCACCUUUCGAUCCUUUCUUCGCCAAGGAGAUCGUGCAGCGGCGAGGAGGGUUCGCCAUCAACUAUCGCCUCGUCCUGCGGAAUGUGCAGGAGAGAGGCUGGACCGAGUCGGAAGUUACUAGCUUCCGGAGUGAUCCAGUGUUAAACCUAGUCCAAUACACCCAAUUCUUCCCGGAGAAGUGGUUGGAAGGCGAGUAUGAGGGCAGCAGUCAGAUCCUCCUCUCUCCACCGGACAACAGAGGGGUCUGGAACCUUACCCUGUACAACCUUGUGCAGACGACUACUAUCAGCCGCCCCAAGAACUCAGACAAGCUGAAGGUGCGAGUGGAUGUGCAGAAGAUUGGUAACAUGAACAUCCACAUUAGUAAUCUGCUGAGAGGACGCACCUUCAUGGAGAACGUGUUAGAUCGCAUCAUCAAUGCCAGCUGGAGAGCAGGAUUCCCUAUGCUGAGACCUCUCAUCAACGAUCUUGUCAGCACAGCAUUUACAGAAAUAUUCAACGACGCUUUCAAUGAUUUAGAAAUGAAUGAAAUUUUACCUUCGUGA